AUGCCGGCCACGGCAUUGCAUCAAACCUCAUGGCAAAACGUGAGGUGGCGCAGUGACGUGCGAAUCGGCGAACGAUCGAGUGGUCACCUGAGAUUUGUCGGAGUUGUUUGUCUCCGGUUUUUGUGCCGUCGCUCUGGACGAUGGCGGAGAGGCGGCGGCGAUUCGGAGGGAAGGGCAGCAACGAUGUCUCAGAGAGAAAAGUGGGUAGAGUGUGUAUUCGAAGAUAGAGAAAUGGAGAAUGAUGAAUAA